ACUUUAUAAGUUGGUUCCCAUUAGAGAAAACGCUGGUCCGCAACGCAUAGAAUUUAGGGCACCAGUUUACCGUAGAUAUCCAAGAUGGAUGUGUUCUUGAUGAUUAGAAGGAAAAAGGCUACCAUCUUUACAGAUGCAAAGGAGUCCACCGCAGUUAGUGAUGUAAAAAAAAUUGUUGAAGGUAUUCUAAAGAUCCGACCUGAAGAUCAAAAGCUGUUCAAAGAUGAUCAGCCACUAGAUGACAACAAAACACUAGGAGAUUAUGGUUUUACUUUUGCCACAGCAAGAGCACAGGCCCCAGCAACAAUUGGACUGGCUUGUAAACAAGAUGAUGGCGAGUUUGAACAGUUAGAGAUCACCCCACUCUCUAGUCCCCCAGAACUACCGGAUGUGAUGAAGCAACAGGACUCCACAUCAGCACAUGCACAAGAACAAACAGCAUCUUAAUCUUAUUCAUAGUUAACUUAUUUCUCCAAGUGGUUCAUUAGGAUGUUUACUAAAGCUGUUAUAAAAUUGAAUCUACUUGUAAGGUUUAUCCUAUCCAUGUGAAUAGUGUCCUGCAUAUUGUGUUUAUUCGAGCUUUAAGAAAUAGUUUCAUUCCAUUUGCUGUUUAUAUAUAGGAAAUACAGUAAAGCAUUGUAUGUAAACGUCUUGAGUAUUUAUUGUUAAAACUUGAGAAUCAUUUUCACUGGAAUGUAAUAACAAUCUGUACAUCAACACUUUCCCCAGUGCUGUGCUCUUAAACAAAAAUUAAUAUUAUGUACAAUGAAAAUUGUUUAAGUGUUAAAGAAGUUACGAUUUUGUUUUUAAAAUAAUAAAAGAAAAAUGUCUCACAGUA